AUGUCUACAUACCACUUCAGAUCGCCUCUGCUUUGGAAACGGCACUCUGUGCACAUUAGAUCACUGUUCCACGAUAUUUACAUCAUACAAGGCGACAAGAGCAUCGUCAGCCUUUUCAGCAAGAAUGCACUCUCAUCGGGACCUGUAAACCGCACUUUGAUGGUCAACGUCUUCGGCCUGCCUAAGACAGCUGCUGAGACGUACAGCAAAGAUGACUCCGGCGAACAUAGAAGGCCCAUACCAGGAUCCAAGGUGCCGGAUCACAACCGCGUCGCUUUCCUCACCAGCACCUCCCGUCAUCGGUUUUUCCUAGGCCGAGGCUACUACUCUCUUCUCCGUCGACUACAUUUCAGCACAAUCAAACGCCUUUCCAGUCUAGAUGUGGGCUGCACAUGGUCAGCCGUGCCAGACUUGUUUGAUAUAUUCAGAAUCCAUCUUACUGCUGCAUCCAUUGAUUCCUUUACCGGGCCGACCCUAAUGGAGAGGAAUCCUUCCUUUGCGAACGAUAUAUCAGCCAUCAAAGAAAACCUACUCCCCCUUAUGCUUGGGCUACCGCGUUUUUUAAUGCUCGGAGCCUAUCAAGCUCGUGACCGGGCUCUUGAAGCGGUCCUCGAUUGGCACGCUUGGGCGCGCCAGAAUUCCAAACCAGAGUCAGUCGAUGCAGAUGAGAAUGAGCACUUUUGGGGCUGUGAUUCUUUCCGUGAGAAACAAACGACCCUUUUGGAGAUGGACGGUUUCGACGACCCUCGGGCGCUUGCAUCUGAGGAUCUCUUUUUUCUGUGGAGCGCGCAAGGAAACAGUAUUGGUACUGCCUUCUGGCUCACUCUGCAAACAUUCCGCGACCCUGAGAUACUCCAGGCUGUAAGAGAUGAAGUCGGGCCGUGCGUAAAGCCUGGGCCGGACGAACCCCUCAUGUUUAACGUUGACAGGCUUAUGUGCCAACCACUUCUACAAGCCAUGUUUGCCGAGGUCUUGAGGUUACGGACACAUGGGUACUGGACGAUCCCUAAGCACUCGCUCUGCGUCGCGAGCAGCACAACGGCAGCCAUGGACCCUCAGUUUUGGUGUGCGGGGGACAGGGCAGGGCAUCCUCCCGUGCACGAGUUUUUCCCUGGGCGGUUCCUCAAGACUAAUCGACAGAGCAAGGGAAAGUUCUUUAACCUGAGUGGCCUACAUGGCCAUUCCUUUCCCUUCGGAGGCGAACCGUUUACAUGCCCCGGCAGAGUAUACGCCAAGCACGAAAACCUAGUUGCACUGGCAACAAUGGUCACGAUGUAUGAUUGUGAGGUCCUUGCUUGGGAUGAGGCCUUGGUGUUGAAGACGCGCUCGAUCCCCGGGGGGACGGCGGAUCCCAGUGGCAAAGUUCCUGUCCGGCUGCGGCGACGCAAAUACCCUCUGGGUGGCUAA